AUGUUGACGAGGUCGAAAGAUGGCACAUUUGGAGCGGUAUGGUCUAAUGUUUGUGUUGUGCAUCGGUUCCUGUUGGCUAUUUCGAUUGGUGCGGUUUCCCACCUGCAUCCUUUUCCUGAGAAGAAGAAAUGGCAUGUGAAUUUGACUCAUAUGCCAGUGGUAAAUGCUGUCACAAAUAAUCUGGGUGCAAUGAUGAUAGCAGUUCUAUAUGGUGUGCCAUAUGUGACUUUGGCGAUCGCUUGGAUGGAUUUGGGUGUUAUUGGUAUCAUUAGUUACAGUUAUCCAGGAUGGUUCGAUUGA